GAACUGGAAAUAUAUGGAACGAUCUUCUCUCUCGUUUUGCGUUGUCGCUGCGCGGGACAAUUUGAUCGCCGCCAUCUUGGCACUUAUGCUUCCAAACUUUCUUCCUGCUGGUAGGGUAGUUCGCUGGUUUUGGCUUGUUUUUCGUGUUUAAAAGCUGCUAGUUUCAUAAUUGGGUAUUUACGUUCAAACUUCCCUAAGUAUAGGUGGCUAGGUUAGUAUUUGUCACUAGCUAGUUAGUAUUUUUUUUUUAUAUUUUAGGCUGACAGUACGAUAUAGUUACGGAAUAGUUUAACUAAAGGUACGGUAUGGCAUUGCCAAAAAAAUCUGAGGCGGAGAAAAUGAUUGGAAAAAGUAGCGGUAUUGGUACUCAGUGCUCCGCAUAUGGUUGCAGAAAACGUUUUAAAAGGAAGGACUUUCGAAGUGAUAGCGAGGGAGAUGAUGACGAGGAAAGUGUGCUGAAACGAAAAUAUCCAAGGACAUUUCAUAAAUUUCCUUUGAAUAAGGCACUUUGCGAGAAGUGGGUAACUGCUUUGCGGAGGGCGAAUUGGAUUCCAACUAGUUCUUCACGUUUAUGCUCUGACCAUUUUAAAGAGAGCGAUAUUAAGAGAACCGGGCAACGCACAAGAAUUAAGGACAAUGCUGUUCCGACCCGAUUCAAAGCAUUUCCAAAAUAUUUAAGAAAGGUCAACGAACAGCGAAAGUCACCGACAAAAAGAAAAUUUCAUUCAUGUGUAAAGCAGAAGUGGUCAGUGCAGGAGAAAUUUAACAAUGUGCUCCAUGACCACUCAUAUUCACAGGUCAUUGCUUCACCUACAAAGUUAAAAAAUUAAAU